ACAGAGUGAAAGCAGAGUUUGGUCAUGGGAAGACAUAAAGGAAAACUGUUUGAAUUUAAAAAUUUUGAGAAGUAGAUAUAAGCCUUACAGAGACCUACAUACGAAGGUAGGGUAGACUACGUAGCAUAUUAAAAGCACGUUAUUUGUGUGUUACUCAUGUAGCAAUAAGGCGGUAUAACCUUAUAAGAUAUCGUCGAUAUUUGAUUUUGCUAUUAUUAAACGAUUGAUAACUUAAUGGCUUUGAUAGCGACUGAUCGAAGCUCCAAAUUCAACGGGUCGUCGACAGCUUACGCUAGGACUGGUACAAGAAGAGAAGGCAAGACGAGCGGAAUCUGUAAAAUGCAGCCCAAAGAUACGGAAUAUUCAACAGAUGGGUUACCCAAAGCAUUUCUACACAGUUUGAGAACACUAUUUGACAUUCUUGAUGAUGGGAAGAGAGGUUAUGUUCACCUAUCGGAGAUUGAGUGUCGAUGGCAAGGGACAGAUACCCAUGAUUUGCCCGGUGGGGUGCUGGAGUGCCUGAGGAGGGUAGCCCCGCCGCAUGGUUGCCUGACAUUUGAGCGCUUCGUGGCGGGAUUGCGAUACUCUAUGCUAAACCCAGACCACAGCAACCACAUUAAGGCUCAGGCAGCGGUGCACCCGCAACAAGCACACCCGCAUUCCAAACCGCACCAUAUGCCAGCUCAAAAACCUGCCUCGCUCUCUGCCUGUUCUGUCGGGAAUCGAAUUGAAAACAAGGUCCGUCCACUAGGUCCAAGCAACGGGACUAACCCGCAUCACAGCCGUGCAUCCUCACUCCAGAGUCGGUCCAGACAUGAGGAGGGAAACCCUGCAUACCCCCAAGUCACAUCUGCCGCUGGUGGUCCCAUGCGCUAUAACAAUGCGGUCCAUGAGAGAACCGGCAGAAGUUUGGAACGGAUUCCCAUUGUUCCGGAAAACAGUUCGUAUCGAGCGGAUUCGGUUCGGAUGUCGAAGCAAGGGCAUCCACAGCAGAGUCGGGUGAGAUCCAUUGAGUCCCUUGCUCUCGAGUCGACAAGCCUCCAAAAACAAAGUAUUGUAGAGGCUGGUCUGCCAAGGUCCCAGAGUGAGUCAGCCACGGGCUUUGCUGCCUCCAGACGCCAUGGGAGGAGCCGAGAUGAGCAGAGACGCCACACCAUCACCAACGGAGUGGAUUAUGGGAUGCUGAAACAGAUGAAGGAGUUGGAGCAGGAAAAGGACUCUCUGCUGGCUGGUCUGGACGUGGUGGAGCGGGCUAGAGAGUGGUACCAAACCCAGAUCCACAGCGUUACAGAGAGACAGAUACAUGUGGGCCAGAGCAACCAAUGCACAGAUUUCUUCACAGAAUCACAGAAUCAAAGUCGCAUGAAUGUUCUGCUUCCCAAGCUGCAGGAAGUCAACCGCUGCCUUAAUGACCUAAUUUCCUGUUCUGGAAUGUCUUUUCCAUCCUCUGGCAUCCAGCCCAUAGUGAUCUCCUCCAGCCUCCCUCCACCUGCCCCUAUCCCCCCACAAGCCAUUCAAAGACUGAAGGACCAGAACCGUCUUCUCACACAGGAGGUGACUGAUAAGAGUGAGCGUAUCACCCAGCUGGAGCAGGAGAAGUCUGCGCUGAUCAAACAGUUGUUUGAGGCUCGCGCUCGGAGCACGCACGACAGCAGUACCAUGGACUCCACCUUCAUCUGAACACAGGCAUAAUACGACAUAAUACAACCACUCUUGGUCAACAGCUUAGUCUGAUCUCCCGAACGAAAUACAACUGUGUCAGAUUCAACACUCCUACUGCUGUCCACACACAACUCUCCAGAAGAUAUAAGCACCAAGAGAUCCCCCACUUGAGCACUAGCUCCGGAAAAAGAUCCUGUUGAUCAUCUGACCUCUCAACCUCAAAUGUCCUUCAAAAUAACAAGGACUGAGCAAUGACCACUCUGGUGGCAGGAUCCUUCCUACUCCGAUUCACUCUGAAUCCCCCAACAGGCAGAACACCUGGAUCACCAUAGUUUGACCACUCCUAAGAUGGGACAUGCCCAGGAAUGCACUAUAUCACCCUGAGGAUCUACUGUGAUUCACUAGGAUCCAUAAACCCGACCCUGUUGGACCAGACUAUGUUAACCCUCCCUUCCAUCACAGUAUAAGCUAUGUGAUUGGACAUCAUUAACGAAAUCUAAAGCCGUUCCAUGGAGCUACACGAUCCCUGCCAAUCACCAUGACAACAGCUUCAAUAGAAAGAGAUUAGUUGGAGGGAUUAUAUUCGGCACGCACGACACAAUUACUUUGACAAUUUUUAAUGAAAAUUUGAUGUGCUGUGAUCUACCAUUCCAAUGCGUGGUAAAACAUUUAAUCCCCAUUUUUUGAUCCGAGUCACGCUUAGACAGUAAUCACUACCCUUGUCUUCCAGUAUAUCCACGUGUGUGUCUUCAACUUUAAUUGACAUGGUUGGUAUGAUGAGAAGAUGGGCUCUCCUGGCCCGGAGGAGCUUAUUGGUUUGUAGAGUGCUUUACCUUAAGAAGGACACCAUGACUAUACUAUUUCAUUUAUGUCUCUGUCGGCCAAAUGCAAACAACAUGAAGCACUAGUAGUAUGUAGCCCUUUACCCAUGAUUUUAGAGCUGCAUGUCAAGGUCACAUUCUUUCCCUUGAAGUGAAUUUAAUGAGAGCACCAUAAAGUGGCACGUGUCUACGUAUGUGUAGUGGUGGGAGGUUAUGAGAGGGGUAUGCAGGUAGAGGAGACGAGAAGAUGGGAAGGAUUGGUAUUUCUUGAAUGUGUUUGAGCCGCGGUCCCUGCUAGCAGAGGGACUACUGUAUUGGGAUAAAGCUCUGAGACAAGGGCUGUUGGAAGUAAAACACUCCUCCCUGAAUGAGGGACUUCAUUUGUAAUGUGCUGUGCUGAUGUAUUCACGACUGGCUUUACAGUGUCACAUCCUCUCUGCCUCCCAACAGAGCUGUCUCUGAUGCUUGGCGUAAAAACAAUGAGUAGUAGCAUGUUAGUAGAGGAUGAACCGAAUGUGGUCUGUGAGACCUGAUUUUCAGAGAGAGAACUGCCAAGCAUACCAGGUACUGCUGCUAUUUAAUGCUGUACCUCAUUAUGGACCCAUUAAACCAGGAUCCAGGAAAACUGUAGUCUGGUCUCAAAAAGCACACAGUCUGUUGGGUCUAUAUUCAGUGUUGAACACCCUUCCAUUUCUAAGUGAAAUGCUAUUAGUUGAAGUAAUGCAACUAUGUAAUGAUGUUGCAAAGAAAGUCUUAUUUGGUACUGCUUGGGAUGCAUAGAAAUACUCUUAGCUAUGAUGGACUGCCAGUCUUUUUUCUUGUCUAGGUGUAUGUAUGUGUUUGAUCCUGUGACUUACUGUAUAUGUUAGCCACCCUAUUAUUUCCACUUUCCACUGAAGUGUUCCCACUUGACAGUAAAAGAAAAAGGCCAAAGGUUGCUAAUACAGUCUUAUUUUCAGCCCCCAUUCCUUCUAUGUUUGUGGAGUUUACCUUGUUAGCAUUUAGUUGUUAGCACUACCAUUCCCUUGUAUUACAGGGUUGAUCGGAACAUCCAGGUAAUUGUCAUCUGUAGUAAGUUGUUUUGAUUGUUAUAUAACCUCUUGUUACACUUGGUUGAUUUAGAAAGCAGUCACAUUUAUUCAGGGGAUAUUUUGGGAUGUUAUGGGUGCUUUCAAGGUGUGUUAUGCAUUGCACAGUUAUACAUUUAUAAGCUUUCAUUUUACUCUCAAAGUAAAAUAAAGUAAGUAAUGACUUUGUUAAACCAAGGUUUAUACAGACGGCACACUGUGCACAUAUUUCAAAUGUGUAUUCAUAUUUGACUGAGUUGUCAGCAAACGUUCAUUUGAAAUCAACCAAUCAUUACAAUCCUGUUGGUGGUUUGUGAUUGAAACCUGGGUCUUAUUUAGCCAGUUUCUGAAACAUCAGUCAAAGAGCCAUGUUUAUGUUGUGGUCAACCAAUGUUUGCCAGUGUGCAGUGUCUUUAGAAAACAUAAAAUCUUAUUAAAACAGUUGGUAGAUAAAUGUCUUGAUGAGAAAGUGUCAGUGAGCAAGAGGACAAGCAUUCUGGUGUGUAACAGUAUGCAUGCAUCCAUGGUGACCAUAAAAAUGAUUGAUUGUGUAUUGUUUGUCUGAAUAGACUGAUAAAUCUGCAUCUUGAUCUCAA